GUGCAGCAUGUGGCUUAUAAAUAGGCCCCGAUCCUCUUCCCAAGAUUACUUAUCUUUUAGGAAAUAAAAAGAAAAAGACAGACAGACACACACACACCUCUUCUAGCAGCAUAGAUCAUAAUCAUCCCCCGCCCAUUAACAUGAUACUUGAGCUUCAGCUUCUCUUCUCGUUUCUCCUUCUCAUUCUAUCAGUCUUCUUCUUCUUCUUCUUUAUCACUGGAAGCUCCAAAUCUCAAAAACCUAUCUCCACUCGCCUGCCAAAAUCCUACCCUUUAAUCGGUUCUUCUCUAGCUAUAAAGGCAAACUUCGAUAGAAGAAUCCAAUGGACAUCAGAUAUUCUUCAAAACAUACCUUCUGCAACUUUUGUCCUCCAUCGUCCUAUGGGUCACCGCCAAAUCUUCACUGCAAACCCAGCUAAUGUGCAACACAUGCUCAAAACUAAAUUUGAUCUUUUCCAGAAAGGCCCCUAUAGUCGAUACACUCUCUUCGAUUUCCUUGGCAAUGGCAUCUUCAACACCGAUGGCGAUACCUGGAAAUUUCAGAGGCAAGUUGCUAGCCAUGAAUUCAGCAAUAAAUCUCUGCGAAAAUUUGUGGAGACUGUAGUUGAUACUGAAAUCUUUGAACGCUUAAUUCCAAUCCUUUCUGCUGGGGCUAACAGUGGAGUAGUGCUCGAUUUGCAGGAUAUUCUUCAAAGAUUUGCUUUUGACAAUAUAUGCAAUAUCGCUUUUGGGUAUGAUCCUGGAUAUUUGUUGCCAUCUCUUCCACCUGCACCCUUCGCAGAAGCUUUCGAAGAGAGUGUCAGGAUAAUAAGUGAAAGACUCAAUGGGGCGUUCCCUACAGUAUGGAAAAUCAAAAAGCUUUUUUGUGUCGGAUCUGAAAAGCGUCUGAAAAAAUCCAUGUCUCAAGUACGCAAUUUUGCCAUAAACAUCGUCAAAGAGAAGAAGGAAGAACUCGAACAGAACUCAUCCCUUGAAUCAGUCGAUCUGUUAUCGCGAUUCUUGAGCUCGGGUAUUUCAGAUGAGACCUUCGUCACCGAUAUUGUCAUCAGCUUCAUAUUAGCCGGUCGUGACACCACAUCUGCGGCUUUAACGUGGUUUUUCUGGUUACUCUCCAAAAACCCACAUGUAGAAACUGAAAUUCUUAAAGAAAUACGGGAGAAAUCAAGUGUAGCCAUUUUCGAAGAAGUGAAGGACAUGGUAUACACACACGCUUCCUUAUGCGAGGCUAUGAGGCUCUACCCUCCAGUUCCUGUGGACACCAGAACGGCAGUUAGCGACGACGUUUUGCCUGACGGAACAUGGGUGAAGAAGGGAAAUAGAGUCACAUAUCAUCCAUACGCGAUGGGGAGGUUAGAGAGCCUAUGGGGUCCAGAUUGGGCUGAUUUCAAGCCAGAGAGAUGGCUGCAAGAGGGAGAUGGAGACAGCAACAAACGGAGUUUCGUCGGGAGAGAUCCCUACACCUACCCGGUGUUUCAUGCUGGGCCAAGGGUUUGUUUGGGGAAAGAAAUGGCCUUCUUGCAAAUGAAGAGGAUAGUUUCUGAAGUUCUGAGUAAGUUUAAGGUGGUGCCGGCGGCGAAGGAUGGUGAGGAGCCGGUGUUUAUUUCUUACCUCACCAAUAAGAUGAAGGGUGGCUUUCCGAUGAGAAUUGAGGAAAGAAAUCCUGGGAAAAUCUCAUGGCCGGAGCUAGUGGGAGUGAAAGGAAAAGUGGCGGCAGCCACCGUGGAGAGAGAGAACCCCAAGGUUCAUGCUGUGAUAGUGAAGGAAGGGUCGAUGGUGACUCUGGACUUGCGUUGCGAUAGGGUUCGAGUUUGGGUCGAUAAGCAUGGAAUUGUGAAACAAGUUCCUCAUAUUGGCUAACUAUACAAUGGCCGCUUGGUGGCCAGUCUAUAUAACACUAUCACAUCACACAUUCUUGCAUCACAAUCCCUCUCCUGCCAUAUUCGUUAUGAAGAUGAAGGAAUCAAAUAGGAAAAAUCUCGUGCAAACCCAUGAAGUGGCAAUCAUCUUGAUCAUACUCUGCCUCGCUGCUACUUGUUUGGUAGCUGAUGCGAGAUUGCCGGCACUUCACACGAAGGCUCAGGAACACAUUCAGGGGAAACAAAAUGACCCUGAAACCUCAACCCACAACAGUUGCACCAAUCUUCCCAUAAACGAUCCUAAGCAUUGCCCCUAAGCCAAAUUCCUUUUCUACACAUAUUUGCCUCAGCUGCCUAAGAGGUAGAUGAGUUUAGAAAUCUCACAUAUUAUUGUAACAAAGGUUCAACUUAUAAUUUAUCCUAUUAUUUUUCAGUAAAAAAGUCAUUUUUCUCUAUUUAAUUUUAUUUUUGUUCCGUAUACCAUUUUUUUACUUUUGAAUUAUGAAUAGUUUGAUCCUUGCAAAGUGGGAGUGAGUCUGUAUUACUCUUACGACAAAUUUGAAUGGUAAAUAGAAUAAAAAUAAAAUCGAAAAGUAAAAUAACUUUUAUUAAAGAUAGAAUUUUUUGC